AUGCGGCGCUCAAUUGCCCUCUGGGCCGCCCUCAGCCGCCUCGCCUUCCUGUGUGGCGCUAUCAGAACUACCUACAACGGCCAGUACGCAGAAGACUGUCCUAGCCUUUGCAAUGACGCUGGUCCAGACCCGUCCAACUGGACAAACGUCCACCAUCUGAGGGAGCUCAAGACGUGUCACCUACCCAUCAUCUUUGAUGUCAACGUACAAGCCUUGGUCGACGACCCUCAAACUAUCCUCACCAUUCGAGCCUGCGUGUCCACUGGGCAGGAGACAUACAACACAAAGUCUCUUCCUCCGCUGCAAGACGAUGGCAGUCGGGUUAGCCAUGGAAAUCUCACCAUUUCGAACAAUUGCGGCGGCAAGACUAUCAAAUCUUCCGUGACCCCUGGGGUUGACGGGAGCGUGUCACACCCCGGCUCUGGAGCGAAACCAAACGCAACAGACGUCUUGACGGCAACUCGCCAUCUCACGCUGUUCUUGCACAAGGGCUCUCAGUGCGGCACUACCAUCAUGUUCGCCAAGUCAAACUCUGCCGUGGUUGGUCUCUAUUCAGGAGCGGAAGUGGCGCAGACCUCAGUCUCUGCGAUGUUGUCAACGUUCCGUGAUCGAGUGCAACAUGGUGGUACUGCUUUCCAAGUUUGCAAAAUUGGAAAGGCAGCUCUGACAUUUGGUGUCUAGGCUGCGAGCUUCUUUGAUCUCGGCGUCGCCCAAGCUGCGGUAAAGGGCUGGACAAACGGCCUUUGCCUCAACGGCUCAACGCCAUCUGCCGCCCUGGACAUGGAUGUGCUCGUCUCGGCCAUCAGCAAGAAUACCACAGCCACUCCUCUCCAUGGCAACUCCACGCUGGGGGCUAAGGGGCCACGGAGCCUCCAGGCUAGAGCAGACUGCAAGACUCAGCAAGUCAAGUCCGGCGAUGGCUGUGCCGAUCUAGCAACUCGCUGCGGCAUCUCCAGCGCCGACCUCACCAAAUACAAUCCGCAGGCAAACUUCUGCUCCACGCUCAAGCCAAACCAAUACUACUGCUGCAGCGCCGGCACUCUGCCUGACAUGCGCCCCAAGCCGAACCCGGAUGGCAGCUGCCACAGUUACAAGGUCGCCUCAGGGGAUGGGUGCUUCUCCAUCGCAAGCUCCUUCGGCAUCACACAAGCCAACAUUGAGUCGUUCAACAAGAAAACCUGGGGUUGGGCUGGCUGUGCGCAUCUCCAGGCCGGACAGCUCAUCUGCUUAAGCACAGGAGAUCCUCCGAUGCCCUCUUCAGUCGCCGAUGCUACCUGCGGACCCCAAGUCCCCGGCACGAAGAAGCCAACAGACGGCACCUCUCUUGCGGAUUUGAAUCCGUGCCCUCUCAACGCUUGUUGCAACGUCUGGGGGUUCUGCGGCACGACAGAUGACUUCUGUGUUCCCUCUCCGGCAGACACGGGAGCCCCAGGAACAGCCAAGCCCGGCACAAACGGCUGCAUCUCGCACUGCGGCUCAGACGUAGUGAACAAUGACGAAGCCCCAGCUUCAUUCAAGAGAAUCGGCUACUACGAGGCGUUCAGCUACGACCGCGACUGCCUAGCAAUGCAUCCUAGGAGCAUCCCCAAGAACAAUUUCACACACGUGCACUUUGCCUUUGCAACAGUCACAGACAAGUUUGACGUCGAUAUCUCCAACUAUGAUAUUGAGUUUAAUGCGUGGAAGGAGGGCGACUACAAAAAGGUGCUUUCGUUUGGAGGCUGGGAUUUUUCUACGGGGUCGGAUACGUUCCAGAGAUUUCGCCAGGCAACUACGUCAGCGUACAGGGGGACUUUUGUGAACAACUUGGUCAACUUUAUGAAGAGGGAAAACAUUGAUGGGUUUGAUUUCGAUUGGGAAUAUCCAGGUGCACCUGAUAUUCCAGACGUCCCUCCUGGAAGUGCUAGCGAGGGGGACAACUAUCUCGACUUUCUCUCCCUCCUUAGAUCCAGGCUUUCAAAGGAUAAGAGUAUAUCGAUUGCCAUUCCCGCUUCCUUUUGGUAUUUGCAGUCAUAUCCCGUCAAGGACAUGGCCAAAUAUGUCGACUAUUUCAUCUACAUGACAUAUGAUCUCCACGGCCAAUGGGAUGUGGAAAACAAAUGGGCCAUUCCCAGCUGCGAAGGCGGCAACUGCCUUCGCUCCCACGUCAACAAGACGGAGACCUACAACGCCCUCGCCAUGCUUACCAAGGCUGGUGUCAAGUCCACAAAGAUUGCCGUUGGUGUAACAAGUUACGGUAGAAGCUUCCGUAUGGCAGACCAAAACUGCUCGGAGCCCAUGUGUACGUUUCUCGGCGGAAAGCUCGACUCCAAAGCGUACAAAGGGCGCUGCACUGGGACGGCUGGGUACAUUUCGAAUGCCGAGAUUACCGAGAUCAUUAACAAGCAUGGAAACUACUCCAUCGUGAACAGUUAUAUCGAUGGAGAUUCCGCCUCCAACAUCCUUGAAUAUGGCAACAACGGGGCAGUCGACUGGGUCGCCUAUAUGGACGGAGGACUCAAAGCAGAGCGCAUCAAAUGGAUCCAGUUGCUCAACUUCGCCGGCUCCUCGGACUGGGCCAUUGACCUCGAGACUUUUGCAACUGAGGACACGGGCAAAGGUACCGAUGCGAGUGGUGCGCCCCUUUAUGACGACGAGGACGAGGACGGCGACGGUACGGAUUAUGGCUGUCUGGAGGAGGACAACCCUGGGACCCUCGAAGGCAUUGCCAAUGUCAUCGACAACUUCAACGAGCGGUGCCUGAGCUACUUUACUCUGGAAACGCUCUACGACAUGCUCAUCGACAGCCUCUCCCUCUUCGACGACAACUCCCACGACUAUGAUGACAAGUUCAAGUACUACGAGGAAUGGAUCAAGGAGCUCGUAGACCCCAAGCUGGACGACUACAUGCGCUUCGGCGACGGGCCUGGCAACCAAUUCUUUACCUGUCACUGGGAGGCUGGUAGCAGGAGCGGCACCGAUCCCUGCACGGGCGUGCCGCACUUUUGGGAGCUGGAAGAGUCAUUCAGCGUCGAGUAUGAGCUGACGGACGAGGAGGGCUUUUACGACGACGUGGCCGCGACGCUGGGGAUUGACAGGGACUGGAUCGCCUGGCGCGACAGGGGCAAGAAUUAUGACUGCGCGGCCCAGGCCGAGGACAUGCCCCGGCGGCCCUACGGAAACGGGAACAUGCCCGUCUGCCACCGCAUCUUCCGGCGCCGGCUCAACGUGCCGGUCAAGGCCUCGGACGACGACAUCGUGGUGGCCAACCCAAAGGAGAUGAUUGAGAGCUCCUGGACCAACAUCACGGCGCUGCAGGAAACACUCCUGGCAACCAUUGUCGACGUGGCCCUUGACAUUUUCCAGGACGCCACCGUUCAGGUCCCGGAGUUCGACGCCAUCGUGGCCUUUGCAAUGCCUGUACUGCAGCUGGCCGAAUCUAUAGACAGCAUGAAAGACAUCAAGGACAUUGGCGAGCGCGUCAUGGAGGAGAAGAAGCGCGAGCUCAUCUUCAAGAUCCUCACCUUUGUCUUCAUGGCGCUACCCUUUGUCGGCGAGGCCUUGGGUCCGCUGGUCGGCAGCGCGACGGCACUGGCUCGCAUAGCGCUGCUCGUCAGCGAGGCCGGGAACACGGCUGUCACCAUUGCAGACAUCAUCAAGGAUCCGACGUCUGCGCCUUUUGCCAUGCUGGGACUCAUUGUCGGGGCGGCGGGCGGCGGCGGGAAGUUGUCGAGGACGGAGAGCUUGGGAGAGGCUUCCAAAGCGCGGGGGUUGAUGAAGGCGGCUGACUUGGCCAAAUUUCCGCAGAGGUUCCGCGAUAGGGAUGCUUUGGUGCAGAAGAUCUCGAAGAAGUCGGUGUGCAGCGUUAUUUG